AUGAUUAAUUUAGACAUUGCAAACUUGAAUGAUAUAAAUUUAAUUUUAGAAAGGUUAGAAGCACACGACAGAUUUAUUGAAGCAAAGAUUGAGUUGUUUGAAGAAGCUGAUAAAUCACCAAAAAGUUAUAACUUAAGCAUUUGUGAUGAACCUGCGGUGGAGAAUAAUAGUAAAGAAGUUGGUGAACGUUGUAAUAUAAUAAGUUCAUCUUUAUGUAACACCAAUGUAAGUAAAACACACAUCACAGAAAGUAGUAAGAAAAGGAAUAUAAAUAGAGGAAAAGUACCGGAUGUUAUGAACACAAAGGAAAAAAAAUCCAUAUUGUCAAAUAUUAUCAAUAUAUUAAAUUAUGUUUUCCCAGAUUAUGAAUUUAAAUAUUUAAAUAACUCCAAUUUAAAACAUAUAAAAAAUAUGAACACGGUUAUAGAUAAUAUUAACUAUAACUUGUUUUAUGUUAUUGAAAACAUAUAUCACGGUUUUAAUAAAAGAACAUGGAAAAUAUUAAAAGAGUUAAUUGAUUUUAAAUAUUGUGAUGUAUACACAUAUUUGAACGACACAGAUAAUGAUCCUUAUGUUGAUAAGGAAAGUAUUUCAAGUUUUAAUUAUUUUUUUUUUGCAAAAAAAAAUAAAAGAAUUUUAUUUAUUUCUUGCAUAACAAAGCCAAAGUAUAAACAUCAAAACGAUGAAGACUUUAACAAUAUAUUUUUAGCUAUUCAGGAUGAUCCUUCCAUCAAUAAUCAGAAUGAAUAUGACGAAGAAAAUUCAUCUUCCUGA